AUGCCGGCCUUGAUUCACGAUGGACGGGGAACGAUUGAGGCCAAGGACUAUACGCCAGAAGUUGGAGGUUCUGAGGGAGCCUUUAUCGCAAUCAUCGUUGUACUGGGUCUUGUCUUUAUCGGCGCCUGCAUCGGGAUAUUUGUACUUCUGAGGUACUGGGAUCCCUCAGAGAAAGAACGUGCGGUCCGGAAACGCUACUCUAUUCGCCGACGCGGUGCCCCACACCCACUUCCCAUCGGCCUGCGCGAGACAGGCGAGGGCAGCGCCGGUGCGCCUGCCAGUGGCACCCUCACGGAGAAGCUCGGAAAUAUGUUCCGCGGACGCCGUCAAGGCUCCGGGUGGCAGCCGGCGAAUGAGGACGACGACUGGGAGGUUGAAGACGAGCAAAUGCUUGAUUACCAUCCCGAACGUGCAAGCGUGCAUUCUGCGCCUACGCCCAAGCGAAGUACCGUCAUUGAACCCGAACUGGUCUUCAGCGACGCAAGUCAUGCGUCACCCAUGAAUGUUGGUACGCCCGCAGCUGUGGAGAUGGGCUACGCCAAUCCCUUCGAGACGUCUAUCUCGCACUCGCCACGCCCGCAAUUCCCCGAGCCAUCGAUCACGCCACCUCCGCAGAGUGCCGGGAACGGCCACGGUGCGGAGUAUAUCCAUGGCACGAGCACCCGCUUCAGAGAGGAUCUAUGA